AUGUCGGCUGACGAUGAUGAACAACUUAAGCAACAAAAAAGAGCAUGGGAAUUAUUGUUUGCUAAGGAUAGAUUUAGAUUCAUCAUACGAUUACCACGAGAAUAUCGAAAUAUUCAGUGGGAUACUGUUCGUACGUUAGGUGAUGGUGCAUUUGGUGAAGUUCGUUUAUUGGUAGAUUCGAAAAAUCCAGAAAGAGUGGUUGCUGCGAAAUGUAUGGCUGCAGAUACAGCAGAUGAAGAAGAACAAGAGGAGUUGUUCGGAAAACUACGUCGAGAAGCGUUUAUUAUGCGUAUAUUCCACAAAUCUGAACAUGUCAUUCGUUACAUUGGAAUGCGUUAUGAUGAGGGACGUAUUGAAAUGUUUCUAGAGUAUGCUGAUGGAGGGGAAUUGUUCGAUCAUAUUGAACCGGACAGCGGCAUGCCAGCUGUGAAGGCGCAGAAAUUUUUCCGACAGAUUAUUAGUGGUUUAAAGCAUCUUCAUUCAAUGGGUAUUGCACAUCGUGAUAUCAAACCGGAAAAUUUGUUACUUAUGAAAAAUGGUCAAUUAAAAAUUUGCGAUUUUGGUGCAGCAACAAUAUUUCGCCGUCAAGGAGUGGAGAGAAAGUUGAGAUCGAAAUGUGGCACAGUACAAUAUCUUUCGCCUCAAGUGUUAGAAUCAAACUACAGAGGUGAACCAUCCGAUAUAUGGUCUUGUGGAAUUGUACUCAUUGCAAUGCUUACUGGUGAAUUACCUUGGGACGAAGCGACUAAAACUUCACAGUCUUUCAAACUUUGGCUCACGAAAUAUGAUUGGAGACGUCAUCCACCUUGGGAUAGACUUUUGGGAGUAAUAACAAAUUUAUUACGAAAGAUGUUGGAUGUCUGUGAGAAUAGACGAAUCAAAAUUCCGGAAAUUGAAGAGCAUGAAUUUCUCGCCAAGGAGAUAGACUAUGAAAUACCGAGUGCCGAAACAAUAAGGAAACAUAGGAAAAAAGCAGUUCGAACUACUGAUGAGAAUCCAACAAAUUUGAAGGAACAUAGCGAAGCUGCAGGACCAUCAAACUUAUUGAAGGAAAAGGCAAUUGAGGAUGAAGAAGAACCUAUUUCAAAGAGGAUCAGACUAUCAACUCCUACCAACACUGAAGAAAGAUUGAAAUUACCAGUCGGUACAAUUUCCCAGCCUGCUCCAUCUUGCAAUUCGCAGGUAACAAGGGAAUUACGAUUGAACGCAGUGAAUAAUAAUUUCUUUUCACAGCCUACUGGUGUAGAACUGUUGUCACAAGUCGAGUGCGAUGUCGACCAGCAUCCGUUAGAAAACCUAGCGCGCCGUAUGACACGUUUCUGUGUGACAAAGAGUACGUCCGAAAUUUUGUCAAUCAUCGAAGACAGAUUGGGCCUUGAAGUUACAUGUGUACGACGUGCGGCUAAUGUGAUGUCAGUUAGUGCUCCUCGGAAUUACAUGUGUUAUGUAAUAACAGUUUACGAAAUAAUGGCAGAAGAUGGUAGAAAGGUAAUAGUAGAUUGCCGACGCUCGCGUGGUGAUGGAAUUGAAUUUAAACGAGCAUUUUUGUCUUUGAAAUAUAAAUUGAGCGAUGUAAUGUGUGAGUCAGGGAAUACGUGGCUUCUAAAGCAGGGUUUAUUAGCAAUAUAUUGA